ACAAUUCGUUAAUCCUGUCGAAUUGAUCACCUCUGCUGCCUCCGGCGUCUCUUUUGGAGCCCUUACCUCCGAUUUUUCAUCUGCUUCUUCACAAUCUUAUGCCUUCGGCCUCUAUGGACCAACGAACAUUUGUCCUACAUCAACUCGCUCUUAUCCGCAGAAUUCAUGUUCUCUCCAAUCGAUAACUCCUUCUACUAUUGCAAUGCGCCGAUUGCAAUUUCUUCUACAGUAUACCUUCGAACAUUGGCCCUUAGAUCUCACUUUUGAGGUCGUUCUUGAAACUUGGCUUAGUGCUUUGCAGCCAUGGAGAUACGCUGAUAUCAGUGAGGUACCUAUAUCCCUAUUGGGGUCUAAUCCUGUUGAAAAUCCAAGGCAUUCUCCGUCCAUUGCUGAUAUGCACCCACAUUCUGGAGAUCUAAAUGUAUCGUCCGAUGCCGGACGAGAUGUUCAUUAUGAUUUUGCCCAAAAUAAUGAAAGGUUGAGAAAUUGGUAG